CAUUUAUUCAUAUUGUUGAUUCCCAAAAUCGCAGAUAGAGGGCAACAAUAACCGCAAUGUAAAAAAGUUCGCUGGUUGUAAAUGAAAAGAAUUAAGGGAAGAUAAUUUUAUUUUUGAAGGGUUUUAUUUAAUAUUAUCUGUAUUGAAG